AUGCCUAAAAUAUUUAAAGCUUAUAAUCAAAAAAUAAACCUUAAUAAUUUAGAUUUUGAAGGUGUUUCCUUCACCUCUAUAUUUCUUGUUAAAGUUAAUGAUAUUGGAAAGGAUGUAUCUAAUUCAAAAUUUAAGGAAGUAGAUAAGAGAUUUAAAGAAGAAUUAUUAAUACAAAACACGUCAGUCCAACUUGGGUGGUUAAUCGAUCUACAACAUAAAUGA